AUGGACUCACAAGAGCGGCCGUCUAGUCAAGAAGGAAGAGAAAACAAGCCUUUGGUUGGGGACACACGUUCUAUUCAUAGUUGUCCUAGACUGUCAGAUGGAACUAAGUCUCUUAUUCGCCUUCUCUUUGUCCUUGCGUUGGAACGCAGUGCUUUCUACUCUGUUUUCAUGACUAUUGCCGACUUCUCUGAGAACUACCUGCAGUUUUCGUCCACGUCAUCCACAGUUACCAAUUUUGUGUUUUCCGGUUCUGUGUUCCUAGUGGCGCCGUUGUUCGGGAUCUUGACGGACAGGAAGACCGGGUACAUUCCAACUCUAGUUGGAGCACUCACUUUUUAUGUAACGGGAUCGUGUCUCCUUAUAUAUGCUGCUGCUCGAACGGUCAGUGGCAACACUAGAGAGACCACAGACAUGAGUCUCCGUUCUGUUACUGCAGUAUACUUUACAGGAAUUGCCGUCAUAUCACUAAGUGCGUCUGCUGUGCGCUCUGGACUGUUACCGUUUAUGGUUGAACAACUGAGCGAUGGUCAUGCCAAACGAAACACGCUGAUGGCUUUCUGUAGUUGGGCAUAUUUGCUCAUAAAUGUAGCGGCAACGGUGACCCUUAUUCCGAGCAGUUACAUAUGGGAAUACCGUGGUUUCAAAAAGAGCCGUGGUGUCUAUUCUAGUGGAUUUGUCUGGCUCUAUCUGAUGUCACUCUGCUAUCUACUUCUCUGUCUUGCCAUACUCGUCAUUUGGAAGAAUUCCUACAAUGACCGACAACUGCGCACCCACAGUGUCGCCGUCCCUUCAAUCCUUGAUAUCAUGCGAACAGCGUGUGGAUGUUACCGGGACAGCGCCAGACCCCUCUAUUACGACCCGGAUGCUCUCCCUGUCAGAAAUGAAGAAGACAGAAUACAAUACGACAGAGGAAUCGAGCGUAAAAAGCUAGCAGUCCUCGUACCCGUACUAGCAACCAUGAUUAUCUACUUUGCAAGUUACACACAACUAAGGAGCAGUUUUAGAGAGCAAGGCGAACACCUUUUUAUCGGUACCGGUACCGUGAAAGAGCAAUCUAGUAACUGUUCAAGUCUUCCUCGUCACGUCUCGUUCCUUACGAGUCCUGCGGUAACAGACACAUUCGGAGGUGUAUCAGUUGUUGUAGUUUUGCUUGCAAUGCCAACCAUCAUCAGACCCUUGUAUGAGAAAUACUCUAACAAAGAAUUAACCAUCAUGACUCGUAUACACUGGGGCAUGAUUUUCUCGCUUCUGGCGAGUAUGUGCGCAACGAUAUUGGAAGCAGUUCGAUUUCAUCGUUCAUCGUUCAAUGUCCAGUGUGUUCGUAUCGGUGUAACUUACCAUCUACGCGUCUAUUCGUCACUUUCCAUCUUCUGGCAGAUUCCCCAGUAUAGUCUGAUGGGCAUCAGCACAGCACUCGCUGCCGUUGCCGCUAUGGAAUUCGUGCUUUCUCGAGCUCCGGGUCGGUUCCGCUGUACCGCGUUUGGAUGUUUCUGGGUGACCGUGGGUAUAGGCAAUUACAUAGGCCUUUUCGUCUACUCGACAAUGAAGAAAUUGGGUUUGUAUUUUACAUCACCGGAGAUUACAGAAGGGCAACGUCGUGUCGACAAGAGUGAUCUUACACAAACAUCUCGAGCUUGGGCUUUCUAUCUAAUCUUCACAGUGUUGCUGACAGGCAACCUGAUCGUCUUCGUGUGGAUAAAGUAUCGACACAGAGACAUUCAAAAGGUAGAGAGAGAUGAACCGUACACAAUGGCGUCCCCGAUUUAAAGAUUUUCUGCCGUAGUAAUU